CACCUCUUAAGAUAUUUGGAGAAGGGUCUUCUAUUCCCCUUCUUAUUUUCAAAAGCUAAACAUGUCUAGCUCCUCUCUAUUUUAGCCCCCAAAACAAGGAGUCUGGUAGCACCUUUUCUGACUCACAAAUUCAAAGGCACAGGGUGAUGGAAUUAUUCUUUUCCGUGAUGGGGAAAUCAGUUGAAGUCUAAAUCUGCAUUAAAAGUCUAAAUCUGCAUGGUCUCAAUCUGCAUCUGCUGACUCACAUUCGACUUAGGAUCAAUUCGGCUGUAUCUCUACAUGGAUGUCUGCUGUUCAGCAGAGGACUUUGUGUUGGUCUCUAUUAAAUGUCAUCUUCUUCUUUUCUCUCCUCGAUGGAGAUGGUUUUGAAGGUUGCUUCUGCAGAAUUAGUGACCUCAUCCCAGGGUGAUAAGUGCUCCUACCUGCUUUUCAUCCGGGUCAUUAAUGGAGAUGUGGGGCUGAGUGACCCCUAUGGCAUUGGAAUGGGUUGAGAUCCCAAGGCACCAAAGCUGUCCCAUCUCAAAGCUGCUGGAGAUGUUUGCUGGUGUGGGGUAUAGCCCUAAAUGUGUGAACAGUUACACUAUAGUCUGAGUAAUGGGAAGUCCCACACGUCUUGAGUGAAGAGUCUCUUCAUGGGGCAAGAGACUGUCCCAGCUAGAAUGAGAAUAUGGGAGGAGAAUCAAGUCAUGAUAGAAAGAUGAACGUUUGAAGUCCAGUGAAACAGAAGAAGGUCAGCAGAUUCCAAGGCUGGAGAACAGAAUCAUCACGAUGGCAGCUUCGAUGGUUUAGUAAAAUUGCCAUAUUUAGAAGUAGACUUUUCUUGAAUGCCAGCUGAUAAGGACCAUUGAAGAUCAGCACUGGAGCCUUUAGAAGAUCAGAUCAAAACCCACAGAGUCCAACACUUUAAACCACUUGAGAAGUAGUCCAACUUGAGUUCAUAUCAACUUUUGGACCCCCAGUUGGCUUUGCCAAAUGUUGUUGUGAGGAGCAAUUAUAGGCAGGUUCCCCCCACCCCUCUCUUGCAGCCCCCAAGUUUUAGAACAAACUUCCCCAACUUGGGUAUCCUCCAGAUGUAUGGACUUCAGUUCCUAGAAUUCCCCAGACAGCGUGGCCAUCCCUGAGAAUUCUGGGAGUUGAAACCGAAACUAGACGUUAGUGGAGCAUCUCCAGUUGUCCAACCUGAGCUGGUAUGAUAAGAGGGAGAUUUGGCGUGGCUCUGUUGUUAAAUUAACCUGGAUGACAGGCAGUUUGAAUACAUUUCAAAAAAGCUUUUCCACCAGCUGAUAAACUACCAAUUGAAAUGGUGAGCUGGUGGUGACAACUAGCUAAUGUUGGCUGAUUUCUUUAAAAGUGAAGGCAGGUCAGACCAGGGUUAAUAUUUAGAUGGGAGACCACCAGGUGAUAAACUUCACCUGGGAAGUUAAAAAAAAAAAUCCCACAAAGACAAACCAUUUCCAUGCUAUGCUGCUUCCAGGUACUCAUCAGGCGCUGAGUUGAGCUGAACCCACCGGAGUCUUUAUUUUCCUGCCAGGGCAUCUGGUAACCCUUUCCUUGAAGAGAAGGCCCAGAUAAUUUAGAGGUUAUACAGAAGCGCCCUCUUGUGGGCAGAAUCGUCGUGACAGGCCGCGCGUUGGUGUGAUCCGUGGCUCGCGUCUAACCUUGGUGGUGGGUUUUAAAAGUGGGGUGGAACAUAAUGGAAUGGAGAGGCACGUGUGAGGUUUGUCUGGAGAGGGAAGAGCUAGGGCAACUUUGGGGUGGGAAGCUGGCUGGGAAAAGGGGCAGCGGAAACAGUCCAGUUUCUGAUCCCCUAUUUUGCAGCUCCCUCAACUGCAGGCGAAUUAAUAUCAGCAAAUCCGAGGGCGGUGGUGGAAUGCAAUAGUGAACUAGCUGGCCACGGAGCAGCAAACUGCAGGGGGCCCAGAUGGCACCGUCAUGCACAAUCUCCCCCAAACUGAUUGGCGGGUUGCAUUUCUGUCCCUUCUCGAGGCUCAUUUAAAUGUGUCAUCCGGUGGGCAUUGGCAUUGCAUAGCCGGAGUGUUUGUGUGCCCCUGGCCCCGUGGCUUUCCCGGCAGGCUUUGGCCCUUAUGGCGCCUUGGCCUCAGUUUUCCCUGUCUGUGAAAUGGGAACAAGUGAUCUCGUUCUUCGUCCCACGGGGUUGGGUCCAGCUUUGCGAAAAGCAUGGAUUGGCUGAGCAAAACUCUUGUUGGGCUGUGCUGAAUUAAGCUUCGCCUCCCUUCUUCGCGGCAUCCCCUUUCUAAUGCAGAGAUUUUGGAUUAAAGUUGGCCUACGUUGCACAAAAGGAUGUCUACCCUUUUGUCGUACUCGAGGAAGACCAGACCUUUGGCUCGAGGGCUGGAAGGUAUCGCUGGAGACCCUCCCCGGUUUGAACAGUUGCGCGCAGGAGCCCCUAAGUGCCAAGGGGCAAUUAAGCAAGGUCUCGAAGCACCGUUGGGACUGUGAAUUGAAGCACGAGGCAUGUCCUUGCAAUUCCAUGCUUGCCCAGCCACGUCACAACGCGUCCCCAGUGGAAUAUUUCAUUAGACACAGCCAGAAACCGUAUUCAGAACACACCCGAGAUGGCCUUGCCGGCGGACAGCUGUAUCCAGUUCACUCGACAUGCUAGUGAUGUUCUCCUUAAUCUCAACCGCCUUCGAAGCAGGGACAUUCUUACGGAUGUGGUCAUCAUUGUCAGUCGGGAGCAGUUCCGAGCCCACAAGACAGUCCUGAUGGCCUGCAGUGGCCUUUUCUACAGCAUUUUCACCGACCAACUCAAGUACAACCUGACCGUCCUCAAUUUGGACCCCGAGAUCAGCCCUGAAGGGUUUGGUAUCCUCCUGGAUUUUAUGUACACAUCUCGCCUCAACUUGCGAGAAAGUAACAUCUUGGCAGUCAUGACCACGGCUCUGUAUCUGCAGAUGGAACAUGUGGUGGACACCUGUCGAAGGCUCCUGAACUCCAGUGAAACAGAAAUGGUGUCUGCUGCCAAGACUCCCCGGGAAGACUUUUUAGCCGGCCAGAUGCUCAGCCACGCAGACGUGAUGGCCUACAGGACCAGAGAGAUCUCAGAGACCAGCUUACCUCUUCGGAACGGUCCCGUUUGCGAUGGGCGAGCCUUCGUCCCCGGCCUCUACAGCAGCAUGGCCGGCUCCCCCAUUUCCUACACUAGCUAUAACCCGGUGCCCCUUGGUGGGUACCUCUUCUCGGAUGAAGAGCUGCGAGAGGCCAGGGUGCCCCUCUCAGAGGUCGCAAGAGGGCACCCUUUCUCAAGGGAGCGGGUGGCACCGUGCAACGUGUCUCGGACCAGCGCCACGGAGUAUACCAAGGCCGUGGCCAAUAUCUCCCCAAGCCUGUGCCACGCCGCCGUCUACUCUCCGAAGGAAGCGGCGGCCGAGGAGAUCAAAAGCGACGCCCGCUACAGUGCUGCUACCGGCCCGGAGCCCGCGGCCUCUCUGGCCCCCAACCACGCCUACUUUGCUUGCGAUAAGGGAAGCAAGGAAGAAGAGAGGCCCGCUCCCGAAGCCAAGAGGAGCCAGCACUUCGAGCCCACCAACGCGCCGGUGAACCGCAAGGUGGUGACCAGCCCUCAGAGCCCCCAGAAGUCGGACUGCCAGCCCAACUCGCCGACCGAAUCCAGCAGCAGCAAGAACGCCUGCAUCGGCCAGAGCCCGGCUUCCGCCAAGGGCGCCACCGACCCCAAGGCCUGCAACUGGAAGAAGUACAAGUUCAUCGUGCUCAAUUCGCUCAACCAGAACGCCAAGGAGGACAGCCCCGAGCCCCCUGAGGCCGGGACGCUCUCCCCGCGGCCUUACGGGCCCUCCCUGGCUUGCCAGCAGUCGCUGGAGCCCGAGAACAUGGACGUGCAGUCCCCAACCAAGCUCAGCGUCAGCGGGGAAGACUCAACGAUCCCCCAAGCAAGCCGCCUAAACAAUCUUCUUAACAGGUCACUCGACGGGUCCCCUCAGAGCAGCGAGGACCAGUCCCCGUUGUACCUGCAUUCCUCCAAGUGCAGUUCGUGCGGUUCCCGGUCCCCCCAGCAUUCGGAAAUGUGCCUUCAUACCCCUGGAUCCAACUUUGGAGAAGAAAUAGGGGAAACGCAGUCUGAAUACUCCGAUUCCAGCUGUGAAAACAGGUCCUUUUUCUGCAAAGACUGCCAGUGCCCGUUCUCGGAGGAGGCCGCUUUCAAGAAACAUUCCCUCCAAACGCACAGUGACAAACCCUACAAGUGUGACCGCUGUCAGGCUUCGUUUCGCUACAAGGGGAACCUGGCCAGUCACAAAACUGUGCACACAGGCGAGAAACCGUAUCGCUGCGGCAUCUGCGGGGCGCAGUUCAACCGUCCGGCCAAUCUCAAGACUCACACACGGAUCCACUCGGGGGAGAAGCCGUACAAAUGUGAAACUUGUGGGGCACGAUUCGUGCAGGUCGCCCACCUCCGGGCUCACGUGCUAAUCCACACCGGGGAGAAACCGUAUCCGUGCGAAAUCUGUGGGACGCGCUUCCGACACCUGCAGACGCUGAAGAGUCACUUGAGGAUCCACACUGGAGAAAAGCCCUACCAUUGUGAAAAGUGCAACUUGCACUUCCGACACAAGAGCCAACUCCGCCUGCACCUUCGGCAGAAGCACGGCGCCAUCACGAACACCAAGGUGCAGUACCGCCUCUCGGGCGUCGACGGCCCCCCGGCGCUCUCCAAGGCGUGCUGCACUCUGGCGCAGGGACGGCGGGCGAGGGCCGGGGGCCCCCUCCGGAAGGGCGGGCAGCGAUGUCCAAAGGAUGCUUCAAUCACUUUAGGAAAAACUGUUGUCGUUCUUGCUGUUCGUGUUGUCGUUGUCGUUACACAUCGGAGUGCCUCUAGAAGCCCAGAGCGCAGGCGGGGAGAAGGAGACGGGGAGACAGGGACACGCUUUACGUUCGUUUUACGUUGGUUGGUUUUGUUCCCCAGUUGUGUAAACGUACGGUCGGACUACUUGUGUGCGUUGUGUGUGUGUGUGUGUGUGCGCGCGCGAAUACAAGAGAGGUGGAGGGUAAACGACCUUUCUUAAAAAGUCUGUGCAGGGGAAUAUCAGAUAUUCGUCCUCCGCAGGCAGAAAUCGAGGAAUGUAUAUUGUUUUAUGGGAGCAAAAUAUAUUUCUUUUUAUGCAAAUAUGUGUGUUUUUCACAAAAGAGAAAGAGAUUGUAUUUGGGAUAAGAAUGGGGAGGGGGCUUUAACUUUUUAACCAAAGGUGAAGGAAUCUAUGGCAGAAUUGUAAAUAUAUGAAUA